AUGGCCUCUGGCAAGGUCUGGAGUGCGCCGUGGUCUGAGAAGGGAAAGAUGGAGACCGAAACUCCCAUCACAUCGUCACAGGUCCCCGAGACCGAGUAUGACCACGACUAUGAGAAGCAUGGCGCCAAUCGGGACUCCAACCCCAUGCCCGAUUUGAAACGAAAGCUGAAGAGCAGACACUUGCAGAUGAUCGCCAUUGGUGGAACAAUUGGAACCGGUCUCUUCAUUGGUAGCGGUACUGCCAUCGCAAAUGGUGGCCCUGUGGGCGCCCUCAUCGCAUAUAUUUUCGUCGGAACCAUCGUCUACUCAGUCAUGACCUCCCUAGGAGAAAUCGCUACAUACCUUCCCAUUCCCGGCGCCUUUACCGCGUAUGCCACCCGAUUUGUCGAUCCUAGUCUGGGUUUUGCCAUGGGCUGGAUCUAUUGGUUCUCUUGGGCCUCGACCUUCGCUCUCGAACUCACGGCCACCGGCCUGAUCAUUCAAUUCUGGGAUAGCAACAUUCCUAUCGCCAUCUUUAUUGCCAUCUUCUGGGUCCUGAUCCUUGCUUUCAACAUGCUACCCGUUAGCUUCUAUGGUGAACUUGAGUUCUGGUUCUCCAGUAUCAAGGUUCUGACCGUUGUUGGUUUCAUGAUCUUCGCUAUUUGUGUGGAUGCUGGUGUUGGAACUCAGGGAUACCUUGGUUUCCGGUACUGGGUUCACCCUGGUCCCUUUGUCGCUUACGAGGUGGCGGAUAUUGGUGGUAAUGAACCCUUGGCGAAGUUUAUCGGCUUCUGGUCCGUUAUGAUCCAGGCCGGAUUUUCCUACCAGGGUACUGAGCUGGUCGGUAUUGCCGCUGGUGAGACCGAAAACCCUCGCAAGACCGUUCCCUCAGCGAUCCGUAAGACUUUCUAUCGGAUUGUCUUCUUUUUCGUCCUGACCAUCUUCUUUAUUGGAAUCGUUGUGCCUUCUGAUAACUCUGGUCUUCUGGCUAGUGAAGGUAGUGGAGCCUCUGCCAGUAACGCUAACGCCUCGCCAUUCGUGAUUGCGGCCAAACUUGCUGGAAUCAAGGCGCUCCCCAGUAUUAUCAACGCUGUUCUGCUCACAGUGGUGCUCUCAGCGGCCAAUUCGAAUGUCUAUAGCGGUAGCCGUAUCGUGGUUGGUUUGGCACAGGAGGGUUUCGCCCCACGCUUCUUUAAGAAGACCACUAAGAACGGUGUUCCAUAUUAUGCAGUUGGAUUCACCGGUCUCUUUGGACUCCUGGGUUUCCUGAACGUGUCUGAUGCGGGCUCGACCGUGUUUGACUGGUUGCUUCAGAUCGCUGGUGUGGCUGGCUUCAUCACCUGGGCAUCCCUGAACAUUUGUCAUCUUGCCUUCAUGCGAGCGCUCAAGGCGCGCAACACCUCCCGUGAUGUCCUGCCGUACAAGGCUAUGUGGCAGCCAUGGUAUUCGUGGUAUGGAUUGUUCUUCAACGUUCUGAUCAUCCUCACCCAGGGCUUCACCGCCUUCAUUCCAAACUUCCAAGUCAAGGAGUUCUUUAUCGAUUAUCUCAGCUUGAUCCUAUUUGUGGUGCUAUACCUAGGCCACAAGAUCAUCUACCGCACCUCGUUUGUCAAGCCGAUUGAGGCUGAUUUGGACACGGGCCGAAACAGCUGUGAUAACGAGACUUGGGAAACGAGCGAGCCGACCACUUGGUAUGGUAAGGUGGGGCUCUGGAUCAGUGGAUAA